GUGAUACAGCUGGUUCUUGUGGUGAUCCAGGUAUCCCAGGUCAUGGGUCUAGAGAAGAAAACAAUUUUAAAAUUAAAAGCACAGUACAUUUCAGCUGUGAUAUUGGAUAUAUCCUCCAUGGCUCAGAAGAAAGAACAUGUAUGGCAAAUGGAAGUUGGACAGGAAGACAACCUGAGUGCAAAGCUGUGCAGUGUGGUAAUCCAGGAACAACUGCUAAUGGAAAAGUAUUUCGUAUUGACGGAACUACAUUCUCUAAUUCAGUAAUUUAUUCAUGCAUGGAAGGAUAUAUACUUUCUGGAUCAUCUGUAAGACAAUGCACUGCCAAUGGAACAUGGUCUGGAUCCUUGCCAAACUGCACAAUUAUCAGUUGUGGAGAUCCAGGAGUCCCAGCAAAUGGCAUGAGAUACGGUGAUGAUUAUGUUGUUGGACAAAAUGUUACUUACAUGUGCCAACCUGGUUAUACAAUGGACUCAAAUAGCUCCUUAAUUCGUACUUGUACUAGCAAUGGCACGUGGAGUGGAGUAAUCCCAACAUGCAAAGCUGUUACCUGCCCAACUCCUCCACAGAUCUCUAAUGGAAGGUUGGAAGGAACAAACAUGGACUGGGGAUUUAGCAUUAGCUAUGUCUGCUCUCCAGGAUAUGAACUCUCUUUUCCCGCUGUUUUGACUUGCGUUGGGAAUGGAACAUGGAGUGGUGAAGUGCCUCAGUGCUUGCCAAAGUUUUGUGGUGACCCUGGAGUACCUGCUCAAGGCAAAAGAGAAGGAAAAAGCUUCAUCUAUCAGUCAGAAGUCUCUUUCAGCUGCAUUCCUCCUUUUAUUUUGGUUGGCUCCAGCACCAGGAUUUGCCAGGCAGAUGGCACAUGGAGUGGUUCUUCUCCUCGAUGUAUAGAACCUACUCGCACAGCAUGCGAGAAUCCCGGAGUCCCAAGGCACGGGUCACAAAACAACACAUUUGGCUAUCAGGUGGGAAAUGUUGUUCAAUUUCAGUGUAAAAAAGGACACCUUCUCCAUGGCUCAACGACAAGAACUUGCCUUCCUGAUCUUACAUGGAGUGGAAUCCAGCCAGAGUGCAUAC